CUCAAGUGCAACGCGAGAGAUUGUCGCGAGUUUUCUGUUAAUGUUUUUUUUAAUUUUUUUUCUUUUGUUUAAAUACAAUGAUCGUGAGUUUGAUUAAAAUAAGGGUUUCUUCAGUGUUUAUCUUGCUGUGUCAUUUGAAGAAUCAGUUAUUUGUAAGUGUCAAGAGUGCCUUUUUGUGUAACUUGCAAAGCACAUAACCUGCAUAAUGUUUGCAACGAAAGCAGUCGGCAGGAUUUUGGAACAAAGCCAAUUUUCUUGUAUAUUUACAGCGAAUGCAUAAUAUAUAUUUAUAUUAGGAUUUAAUGAUAUGUUUUCGGGUUUUGCAAAAAAAAAAUUUGUCAAGAGUUGCCUUUAUAAAAAGUACAAAGCGAAAAUAUAUGAUGAAAUUAAUUCAUCAAAAUGUUUUAUUCCACGCAUAAUUGUUUAUUGCCUAUGAAGAUAAUAUCGAGCUUAAUAGAUACUAAUUUAUGACAAAUAAAUACAUUUACAAGUAGAGCAUUGGAAAUAAGAUAAGAUUGUAAAGCAAGAUUUUUACGCUAAGAAUAUGGUGAUGGCAGGAUCAGAGGGUGUGCCUGGGUCGGGAACAGACGAACCUUUGUCUAGCAGGCUACAGUGGUUACGUCAGCGUCGAGAGGCACUACAAGAAAAACUUUCCCAAAAAAAUAAUGAAUUGAAAAGUCUUUGCAUUGAGGAAGCUGAAUUAACCGGAGUCUUACCUCCUGAAAUCCCAUUAGAACCAGGAGAAAGUAUACCUAAUUUUAGAAAAAGACUGGCAACAAGUAUUAAUUAUCCUCAAAACGCAAUAAAUAAACUGAAAUCCAGUGGAGCUGAGGAAUCAGCUUUGGAAUUGGAGCGACAAGUUCAAAUCAAUAUUGCAGAAGCUGCUCUUGCUAAGUUGAAUGAUUUAUCAGAAAGCAAAGCUGUCAGGCGUAAACAUCGUUCGCUUUAUCAGCAAAGCCAGAGGAGGCUACAAGAAUUAAAUGCUCAACUGAACUUUAUUAGACAGAGUUAUGGAAGUGGCUUGAGACAGUCUACACACAUUCCACUCCAUAGUUCGCAGUCUCACUUACAAGGUAAUGCAAGGCAUAGGACUAAAAAGCCUAGACCUCCAUUGGAAACUGCAGGAAAAGAUCUCAGUCCAAAAAUAGAGUCAAGAAAUUUCCUCGAAGAGGGAGGCAUUAGUUUAAGUCCUUUAGGUUCACAACAUAAUUUCAAUUAUCCAAGCUACGAUUUUCAAGAUCUUGGCAAUCACGGAUACCCACCUGGCUCGAGUAAUAUAUCCAAUCAAAAUCGCGCCACUUUUUCGCGACCAACUCCAAGUCCAGUCGAACAUAGACGUAGUAAUGCCGAUCUCAAUGCCAAUAAUAAUAUUUAUGUGCCACCGGAACACUUUCGAAAUCGAGCGUACUCACAAGGUGGAAACAGUAGUAAAAGUGUAAGCCCUCAGCUUCAAUUCCCUCCAGAACGUCCCUAUCGACCAGUGCCAAACACCUAUACGGAAGAGGAAAGGAUGCAAAUAAGACAGAUGAAGCUCAAGAGGCAAAAUAACGAUGAUAUUACAAGAAGUCCGCAGUAUACAGAUUCGAUGUAUAUGGAAAACGAAGUGCAUCGAAGAUCUGCUCAGAUGUCGCAUGCUGAAGCUGACUUUGUCGUACCACGGUAUGAUGGUAGGAUACCGGAAUACGGACACUAUCAUCUCGACAAAUCACAAAAUCCUACGCCAGUUCUACGACCCAGAGAAAACCUUGAUAAUAAGCCACCAGUGGAAACAUACGUGCCUCCAGGUCACUGGAUGCGUCUAGAUGACGAAAUAGUCUGGUGUACCGACGAGCAAACUUCAACGAUCGUUGCCGACAAAUUUGGCAGUUUAGAUCGUCGAAAGCAUCAUACCCUUCAUCAUCCGCCAAAUCCUGAGAUUCAAUCCCGUUAUCACACUGUGGCUAUCAGUGGUAAAAAUGCGUUAAUACCGCACGCGCGACCUUAUCCAACGCAGAUGAAAAGAACAAAAAAAUUGCAGCCAUCAAUGCACAGCCCCGACACCAACAAUCUACCGUCCUCCAAUCGAAUCCUUCUACGUACGCAAUCAUUAGGCAGCGUGGAGACAUGGCCACAGCAACCAAAUUCUCCUACGGACAGCGAAGGUCACGAGUCUGUCGACAGACCCCCGAAACCUAAACCGAAAGAAUGGUACGAAACGGCUUUGGACACUGGCGGUGGCGGUGGUGGUCCUUUGCCUCCGCGGGCCGUGAGGCGAACUUCUCAGCACAACCCUCUGCCGGUAAAGGAACGUGCAGCGCCUGUACGUAGCAACUCCAUACCGUCGAAUCGAAGACUUCGAGAAGCUCCACCUCCACCACCUCAACAGGUUGACGAACAACUACCUCCGCCUGUACCGAGGUUUGAAGGACGUGUGUUGGAGAUUCCUGCUGAAUCUAAACCUCUGCCUGGAUCUCAAGAAAACGGUAACGAGCCUAUUAUCCCAUUGAACUCGCCGACGAACCAUACGGUCGUGCAGCCCGGCAAGUAUCAGCCAUAUCGAGAAGUAACCAAGCCUUUCGAAAUGUCUGACUUCUAUAAGUACUCUACGAAAUACCGUAAAAGGGCAGAGUCUAAUGAGCAGCAGCAGCAGCAAUAGUUACCAUCACAACAGCAGCAUCAUCAACAGACACAGUCAAUGUCAAUAUUUAAAACGAUCAAAACAACCCAGUGCAAAGAAAUAUUUUUUAGUAUGAGAUAUAUAAGUUUUAAGCGAGUAGAUUAUUUGAUGUUUUUGAGUAAUCAUUGAAAGCAAUGAUGAUUUUAUAAGGAGUGUAUUUUUAUAAAACAGGGUUUUCGAUGAAAUAAACCACGCUUUCUA